AUGCGACCACUUUCUCUGAAAGGCCACGAACGUGCACUCACGAGGGUCCGCUUCAAUCGCGAGGGAGACUUGCUCUUUUCGUGUGCCAAGGACAAGAAGCCUUGCGUGUGGUACACCGAAAACGGAGAGAGAAUCGGUAUGUGUUUGUUAUUCAUGUUUCUGUCAACAUAUCCGUUUUGCAGGAAGCUACGACGGACACAACGGAGCCGUCUGGGACAUCGAUGUCUCUUGGGAUACUUCGAAAUGCGUCACCGCUUCCGGAGAUCUUACUGUUAAGGUAAGGGAAAUGCCUAGUUUUUGCUAGAUGCAAAUUGUGCAUGUUUAGGUUUGGGACGCUGAACUCGGUUCGUGCCUCUACACCGUCAACCAUCAGACUCCGAUGAAGUCUUGCGGAUUCUCCUACUCUGGUAAUUAUUUAACUGAAAGUGAAUUGCAAGGCGCUGAUUUGUAGGAAACCUCGUGUGCUUCACGACCCAGAAGAUGACCAAGAACCUGUCUACUGUACAAGUGCGAGAUCUUCGUGAUUCUACCCAGAUGGGAGAGGGCGGCGAGUCCUUCUUUUUGACCCAGUUCGACGUCAACGCCACCAAUGCUCUGUUCACAAGAAUGGACGACGUCAUCACAAUCGGAUUCGAAUCGGGACUUCUUCAGCAAUACGAUCUGAGAAACCCGUCGACACCAAUCAACACAAACGAGAGUGUCCAUCGUGUUAGUUCAGAUUUCAAAAGUUUUUGAUAAGAGUUUUCCUAUUUUCAGUACAGCGUCCAAGAUCUGCAACUGUCUCCGAGCGGUGAUUUCUUGAUUUCUGCAUCGAGAGACAAGACUGCCGCGCUUCUGGACGUGAAUGACGUCAAGAAGCUGAAGCAGUACAAGUCGGAGCGUCCAGUCAACUCUGCGUGCAUUUCUCCAACUCGCGAUCAUAUCUGCCUCGGAGGAGGAGAAGACGCCAUGCAGGUCACGCAAACAUCCGUCUCUGCUGGUCAUUUCGAAGCAAAGAUCUAUCACAUGGUGUUCGAGGAGGAGUUCGCCCGGUUCAAGGGACAUUUCGGACCCAUCAACACGAUGGCAUGGCAUUCAUCCGGAACUAUCAUCGCUACUGGAGGAGAAGACGGUAUUUCCUGAGUCUUAGUGUCUUUGUACUGAUUCAAUUUUUCAGGUUAUGUGAGAAUUCAAGAGUUUGACGAGGACUACCUUGGAUUCACCUACGACUUCUAA